UAGUGAGGGCAGCAAAUCGAUCACGCGUUGGGAAAGAGCUUGCCCUUCUGCGUUUCCGGGUUUUCUGCAUCUGCUUUUGUCAUUGCGUUAAAAACAAUUUGUCGAUUAAGUGGGGUCAAAGUUCUUUUGGAUGGAAAAUGGAAUGAACUACUUGUGGUUCCAGCAUCAGCCGAACAUGCAGGGUGGAGAUGGUUUGUACAGUCGUAUGAGCAGUAACCAGAUCUUCCGCGAAUCUGUUGACCCUGAGCUGGACCAUAAGACAAGGAGAGUUUCAGACAAAUUCUCAGAAAAUAUAAACACAGUGGCCAAUGAACCAUCGCUGGCUUUCUUCCGUAUCCAGGAGCACGUGAGGAAGACUCUGCCACAGCUGGUGGAACAGAAGCAUGAAGUGCAGAGUAUACAACAGCAAGUUCAAGGGGCAUGUUUCGAUACAGAAUAUGCCACAAAUGCUGUGAAGACAAUGUACCAGAGUGAAUUCCACUUCCAAAACAUCCAGGAACUGCUGAAGAAUGCCAUGUUUAUGAAACAGCAGAUAGGAUAUGAAGAAAGUAGAAGGGCUUCAAUAGUACAGUCCCAGGAUGGAAGUCUUCCUGCUGCAUCAAGUACCACAUUGUCUGCAACUGUCUCAAGUUCACCCCCUCAACAAACAAAUCCCACUUUGUCUACAUCUCUCCCAGCUUCAACUUCAACUGCAAGAGCUCCACCAUCAAAAGCUACAGCCACAAGACCUAACCCUACUGAUCCAGAUAUGCUAAGUCCAGUUCCUGUUCCUGGAGUUUCUCCAGGAGUUGCUGCUGGUCCUUCAGGUGUUGUCCAGUCAGUGAUGGUCAACUGUCAUACCGAUGACAUCGAUGUAGCAACUGAGGCUGAUGAGGACAUUUCCAGCUAGUCUCAUUGGAUCCAUCCCAACCGUCAUACCGAUGACAUCGAUGUUGCAGCUGAAGCUGAUGAGGACAAUACCAGCUAUUCUCAUUGGAUCCAACACGACAUUGAUGACAUCGAUGUACAGUGGAACAAUGCUAUCAUGUGCUGAGUCUGUUUGAGAACUGUAACAAUUCAAAUAUUGUUAUCUCACAUGCUCUCCAUUUGUUUCAUUGUUUUGUUCAAAGUGAAGUUUUAUAAAAAGAUUUAACCUUCAAGGAUUCUGAAUUAGAACAGGCCCCAUUUAAUUGCUGUGUGUCAUAAGAGGCAACAAAAAUAGAUUGUGACUUGAUAGGGUGUCUUUUAGCAUGGGAAAUCACUUAUAAUGUCAACCACUAGAUACCCUGAUCCACACAGUAAUAUUUACAGGCCAUGAAGAUACAGCUGGAAUAUUGCUGACUUACGUGUUCGAUACAAAAAACAAAUCCGUCUAAAUUCCUGACUUGAAUAGGUCCUACAACACAGCUUAUGUUCACAGUGGUGGCUAAAAUUAAAAGAUGUGGUUGCAAUGUGUAGCCUGAAUGA